AGCGCCGGAGGACGGAGCGGCCGCGCCCCGCGGAGGCCCAGCGCCAUGGACAGCGACGACGAGAUGGUGGAGGAGGCCGUGGAAGGGCACCUGGACGACGAUGGGUUACCCCACGGGCUCUGCGCCAUCACCUACUCCUCUGCGGACAGAUUCGAGGGUAACUUCGUGCACGGAGAGAAGAACGGACGGGGGAAGUUCUUCUUCUUUGACGGCAGCACCCUGGAGGGCUACUACGUGGACGACGCCCUGCAGGGCCAGGGCGUGUACACCUACGAGGACGGGGGCGUGCUGCAGGGCACCUACGUGGACGGGGAGCUGAACGGCCCGGCCCAGGAGUACGACACGGACGGACGGGUGAUCUUCAAGGGCCAGUACAAGGACAACAUCCGGCACGGCGUGUGCUGGAUCUACUACCCAGACGGCGGCAGCCUGGUCGGAGACGUGAAUGAAGACGGGGAGAUGACUGGGGAGAAGAUCGCCUACGUGUACCCCGACGGGAGGACGGCGCUUUAUGGAAAGUUCAUCGACGGGGAGAUGAUAGAAGGGAGACUGGCCACCCUCACGUCCACUGAAGAAGGGAGACCUCACUUUGAGCUGGCGCCUGCAGGCCCAGCAUUCCAUUUUGAUAAGUCGACUUCUUCUUGCAUUUCUACCAACGCUCUUCUUCCAGAUCCUUAUGAAGCAGAGAGGGUUUAUGUCGCCGAAUCUCUCAUUUCCAGCGCUGGAGAAGGGCUGUUUUCCAAGGUAGCGGCGGGACCUAACACUGUCAUGUCUUUUUAUAAUGGAGUCCGAAUUACCCACCAAGAGGUGGACAGCAGGGACUGGGCCCUGAACGGGAACACCCUCUCCCUGGAUGAGGAGACCGUCAUCGACGUCCCUGAGCCCUACAACCACCUCUCCAAGUACUGUGCCUCCUUGGGACACAAGGCGAAUCACUCCUUCACCCCGAACUGCGUCUACGACAUGUUCAUGCACCCCCGCUUCGGGCCCAUCAAAUGCAUCCGCACCCUCGGGGCAGUGGAGGCCGAGGAGGAGCUCACCGUGGCCUACGGGUACGACCACAGCCCCCCGGGGAAGAGCGGCCCGGAGGCCCCUGAGUGGUACCAGGUGGAGCUGAGGGCCUUCCAGGCCGCCCAGCAGAAGUGAGGCCCGCCGGGGCCGGGACCUGGACCAGACCUGGAUCUAUGCACUUCGCUCCCGACCGCGCCGCGGGCCUGCUGCGCCGCGUCCACCCUCCUGCUCCACGUUAGCAACGACCUUCUCGCGUCCUAACUAGGUUUGACUGUGUUACUCACCCCAGAUCUACAAUUAGCUAGCCUUGCGACCGCGUUCUGCUGCGAGGUACUGUCGGGAGGUGACAUGAGCCAGCCUGAGCUCUGGGUGGUGAGUCUGGAGCUGCACCCCAUUCAGAGAUGCCAAACGAUCAGGCUGCAAAAGGGGGGGGGGCUUUUGGGUCAUUUUUUAGUCGGUGGUUUUUCCAUGAUUUCUUUUUCCUAGGGCCAAUGCAAACUGCAUUGUUCUCACACUUGCAUAGGCACUGUGCGGAGAGUAGGAAUUCCUCCAUUUUUAUUCUCGAAAUGUAGUCGAAUUUGCCUUUUAACCUUUGAUCUGUAUCUUGCAAUAGAACGGCUUUGUUUUUUUCCCCUCGUGGACAGAACCCACUUUUUGAGUUAUUCACCCUUCCACUCCUGUUCUCUAGCUUAGGUAUCUUUUACAAGAGUAAACUUCCCAGUGGAUUUUGCAUCCACGCCAGCCCAGCGCGUAGGUCUCUCUGGCGCUUUCUAUAUCAGCGUUCCAUUAUCCUGUCCUAAUAUAAGGAACUGGCUUCUAGGGCCAGGAUAUUAUUAUAGAAUUAUUAUUCUCGCAUGUAAACAAAGAUAUCUUUGCUUUAAGAUGUGAGAAGAAAUGAAUUUCAUUUGUUUGCGUUAAGUUAUGGAAGAGUUGUAAUAUAUACGUUAAGGCAGAAGAGAGGGAAAAGGAUGUUUCUCAAGCAGUAACUGUGGCAAUUUUGCAAUAUCUUUAAUUGCACUCGUGAUUUUUUCUCCUGGGGUGCACAUUAAAUGCACGUACCACAGAGCAGUCUGGCUCGGGACGCAGGGCAUUGAAUUCAAAAUUAAGUAGCAAACUUGAGUUCUAACACAGAAUUCAAAAGUUGUGAUUUUUUUCUUUUAAUCGCUACUGUUAGGCGAGGCAUACUGGUCACUAGGAACAACUCAAACCUUAAAGCUAAACCUCUUCAUCAUUGUAAGUUCAGGGCACUUACCUGCUUCAGAGCAUCGUGAAUUUCGAGUUAACACCUGUACAGUUUAAAAGCAACACUAUCCAUAGCAUUUCAGCUAUUUUGCCAGCCAUGUGUGAUCACAACUGCAGAAAUAGAGUAGAACCCUGUUUUUUAGUUCAGCUGAUUAGGUGUGUAUUCUCUGGGGUGGCUCUGAGUGGACUCUGGGCGUCUGGGGAUUUUGUAUGCAUCCUCUCCACAUGCCAAAGCCGGGUCUUCUCCAGAUGCCUCCAGUGGCGGCUGGGAGGUCCGGAUGGGCAGCUGCUCUGGCCGGUAAGUGUCCCCCUGGCCUCUGUCGCCCGGUCAGCCUAGUCUUGAAAGCUUGCUUCUUCCCCACCCUGGCAGGCAGGGGCCCUGGGGGGAGCCGCAGGCACAGCUGGGAAGAGAAGAGAAAAGAAACAGCCGAAGGAAGUUGCCUAGUCCCUGCCAGGGGCACCUCGCUCUGAGGGGGACCUUGACAAACGUGCCUGUUCCGGGGCUGCUUCCAAUUUCUGGUUCAGGUGGCCCCGGCACAGGACCCAGCCUCCCGGGAGUGGCAGAAGCCACCCUUCCCGUUGACGGUCAGGCUUCCCGGGGCUGCCUUCUGCCCAGCUCUGGGGACACAGCUGAUGGCUCAGACACGGGGCCGCAGGGCCUCCAGAAAGCUCUCCCGCAGAGGGAGUUGCAUCGAGUUCUUAGGUGAAAGACGCCAGGAUAGGAUCGCUUCUAUUCUGUAGAAACACACCCUUCUGGAAACGGCCCCCCUAGGGGGGAGGCCUCAGGACUCUUGUUGGGAGAGGUGCUGUCAUCCCCUGGGAACAAGUGGGCGUGGAGCCUGGACAGGGAGGCACAGUUUGCCCUGGGUGCAGCAAAGCUCAGAAGGAUGCCUGUCCUGAGGGGAGACUGUUGUAGGGGGCUGAGGGAGGGCGAGUCUGUCCUCAGGGGCUCCUCUGGGUAUCCCAUGCAAAUGGAAUUUUUCCUUUUUUUUUUUUGGUAAAAGGAAUUGAAGUAGUGAUUAACCCACUAAUCCAUCCUCCGCCUUAGACACUGAAUGCUAAUACUAACUUGAACCCCCAGCGAGUGCCUGUGACCUUCAGGUAAACUCAAGGACACACCCGAGCGGAGUCUCCAUCAUUCGGGCUCUUUCUGCUGCCCCCUCUCUGCCAUCUCGCUCCAGGCCCUGUGCACAGCCUCCAGCCGGCCUCCCCGCCUGCUCAGAACUCCCUCCUCUCCCACGGCCCCGCUCUCUGACCUGCGAGGGGGGGAGGCUGUGUGUGUGUGUGCACACGUGUGCGCAUGCACACCCCUUGUACCUCUCACUAAGUCUCUGUCUGACUCUGUUGCUCCCUCUCCCCUCCCCACCCCCAACACACACACACACACACACACACACACACACACACACGUAAAGCUUUGUUUGGGGUCAAAUGUAGCCUGAGAGUCGCUGAUCUGUAGGUAGAUCAAGUCGGGGGGUUAAGUUUCCACAAGGAACGAAGUGGUGAGGAGGGA